CAUACACACACCCUACAGAGUCAGUCAGGAGGGUAGAACACACAUUAAAUCCUCACCGCUGCGUCUCUCAGGGUCAGUUGGACUGAAGAGAAAUCCAAGAUCUCGGGAGAGGGCAAAAUGUGGGUCUGUCUGUUCAUCACUCACUUCCUCCUCCUCGUAUCUUCCACCACUGAACAUCAUGCUGCAGAUAGUAAGUCGCACAGUGAUGUGACAGGGCACCACAGCAUACAGCAACAGCAAAUCUACCCGGCAAAGACUUCCUUCAGGCACCACCAUCACCACCGUGCUGGCCAUCCACCCCAUCCCAGGGCAGGCUGCAAGGAUGCACUCGCAUGUCCGAUACUGAAAAAGCACCGUCACCCUCACUUUGGCAAAUACAAAGUCACCUUCCCCCUGGGGCGCCCCAGUACCGCCAACAUUGGUGCUAUCUGCCGUUACAGAGGGCACAAGAAGGCACAUGGUGACACCCAGCCCCCAAACACUGGAUUCUCCUUCUUACAUCGACGGAUUGAAACAAUUGAGAAGAUGGAGAAGGGUUACAGGGACUGCUGUCACAGUCCAAGCAGCUUUUCCAGACUGGCAUGCUCAGAGAACGUGUGGAAGAAAGAGCUGGAUAUGUUCUGCAUUAUGGAGCUGUCAGUGAAAACCAGGCAUUAUCAUUGCUGCACCACUGCAUUGCAUGAACGAUAUAAUUGCUUUCAGCACGCUGCCUGGAAGCACCGCUACGUUGAUGACACUCGGCUGGGAAGGAACAGACAUAUCCUCGUGGGUCGCGAUGAUGCCACCAUGUUAACCAUGUCAUUGCCAAAUGUCAUCUUCCCUCCCGGAGAGCCCAACCGAGAGAAUAUCCACAACAUUUGCAGCCUGAGAAAGAUCCGGCCACGAUAUUCGAGCGAGUCUCUGCCUCAGUCCAGCUACAGUCAGCUGACUCGUCAGGCCAAGGCAAUUGAUGGGCUCGAGGCUAGCUACGAGAAAUGCUGCACUGAUCACAACAAGUUGGCAUGUGCGCACAAACAGUGGAAGCAGAUGUUGCUGGAAUACUGUGACAGCAAGUUAUCCUCAAGUAACUCAGACGAUCAAUGCUGCUGGAAGAAAGAAGAUGAAUUGUUUACCUGCUUCAAAUAUAUCGCUGCUUACCCCAAGUAUGACCACGAGAUAACAACCAUCAACCUGGUCAAUGUGACAGACAAUGCUCUGCUCACACUGUGUCAGAACCAUUUAAAAUUGCUGACCAAAAGGCCGAUAUCCAAGCUCUUGACGAUGAUACGGAGUGACUGCUGUUCCCAUAGCAACCCGAAGCAGAGGAGUGAUUGUGUUGUCGAGAAGAAACGGUCUUUCUUUAGUCGCAUCUGUGGCAGUCACUAUGCUACUCGGAAAAACCAUCUGAACUGCUGCUCCCAAGAUACUGAGUCCUGCUUCAAUAAUCUUUAUCUGUCCAACAUUACAGUGGCCGCUAGGUAUAAUUUCUAAGUGGCAUGGGGAACCUUGUGGUUCAGUUGGUGAUGGCUUCAAGCGAUUCAAAUAUACAAAGUGAAAUAUUAAAUGUCUUGAUUCUCUGA